CUUGUCACGGUGCGGACGCGCGCUGCCGUACAGCGGUGCACCCACAGAGGGACACAGUUACUAGCCAGCCGCGCCGCAACUGGACAGUCAGCCACGGCGGAUCGCACCGGCAGUGAGUGAGAGGCGAACGCGACGCGACAGGCAGAGUGCAGCGUGCUGGAGCAGUCGCAACAGCAGCAGUCUCCACAGCCGCCGUCUCCGCCCCCACGAGCGUCUCCGCCCCCGGCGCCUACGCCGCCGCCGCCGCCCCCGGAGCCGACUUCGCCGUCGCCGCCAGGUGGGUGGUGAGCCGCCUUGCCGCCGGUUCGCGGCGGCGCGACCUGCCCCGACAGUGAAAGUGCUGUGACAGAAACACCACCCCUCAGACCUCCCAGCCCAGCCAGAAACACACAAACGUAGCCGUUGCGGCCUAUGCCGGUUCUGUCCUAUGUCGGAUAACGCUACCACGUACUGUUCCGUGCGACAGUGCCCGGGGUGUGGGGGGAUAUCUCGGUCAGGAUGAUGCUCGGAAGACAUGCGAACGACAACGUGCUCCCACCACAGCAAAUGCUACGACAGCAACAACAACAGUCAGCAAGGUGUCCACGACAUCAACGCUGCAGCGUUCUUUAGUCCCGAGCUCGGCAGCAGCAAGGAGCCGAGCGCAGCCGCCGCCGCCGCCGCCGCCGCCGCCGCCUCCUCCGCGGACCUCGCUCUGAGUCGCGUGCCGCUGGGCUCCACGCCUCUCUCCGUCGCCUCAAGUAUGCUGCUUCUGCAGACGCAGGCCCCGUUCGGAUCGAGCAGCUUCGCGGACCUGCUGUCCGCGCCCUACUCGGAGGAGACCGGCGCGCUUUCCGAGGACAUCGACCCGUUCCCGGACGUGGUCUUCCAGACCGCCCCCGAGCCGCCAGCGCCCGCCCCCGCGCCCGCCCCCGCGCCGGCGCCGCUGCCCAGCUUCCAGGAGACGUACUCUCCGCGCUACCCGCACCAGGCCGCCGCCGCCGCCGGGCCCUACAAGAUGGACGACGACUGCUACAACGUGGCGCCGCCCUACAACCACCACCAGCACCAGCCGCACCACCACCACCACCAGGUGGCGGGCGCGUCGCCGUACGAGUUCGCGCCGUCGCCGCACCCGCAGCACGCGCCCUUCGCGCCCUACUUCCCGCCGGCGGGCGCGCCGCCGCCGCCGCAGCAGCCGCCGCAGCCCAGCCCCGGGGCCGCCGCCGCCGCCGCCGGCUUCGACCCCCUCGUCUGCCACGAGUCCUACUCCCUGCCGCACUUCCCCAGCGAGCUGCACGUCGCCGCCACCGCGCUCAGCCCGCGCCAGCGGAGGGCCUCGCUGCCCCUGCAGCGCUCAGAGUCCACCACCAGCAGCAGCAGCGAGUCGCCGAAGCUGCGCGUGCUCACUGCCGCGGGCCCGCCGCCCUCCGCUUCGUCGUCCGCCUCCAGCUCGCCCGGCGCCGGGCCGGGCUCGGCCGCGCCGCCCAGCCCGUCCCAGCUGUGCGCCGUCUGCGGCGACACGGCCGCCUGCCAGCAUUACGGCGUGCGCACCUGCGAGGGCUGCAAGGGCUUCUUCAAGCGCACCGUGCAGAAGGGCUCCAAGUACGUCUGCCUCGCCGACAAGGCGUGCCCCGUGGACAAGCGGCGGCGCAACCGCUGCCAGUUCUGCCGCUUCCAGAAGUGCCUCGCCGUCGGCAUGGUGAAGGAGGUGGUGCGCACCGACUCGCUCAAGGGCCGGCGCGGCCGCCUGCCGUCCAAGCCCAAGUCGCCGCAGGAGUCGCCGCCGUCGCCGCCCGUCUCGCUCAUCACGGCGCUGGUGCGCGCGCACGUCGACACGUCGCCCGACCUCGCCAGCCUCGACUACUCGCAGUACCGUGAACCGUCGCCGACGGAACCAGUGAUCAGCGAGGCAGAGAAGGUGCAGCAGUUCUACAACCUAUUGACGACGUCCGUCGACGUGAUACGCGCCUUCGCAGAUAAAAUCCCCGGCUUCACGGACCUGUGCCGCGAGGACCAGGAACUGCUCUUCCAGUCCGCUUCCUUAGAGCUCUUCGUUCUACGGCUAGCACACAGAACACGGCCAGAUGACACGAAGCUGACUUUUUGCAAUGGAGUUGUGCUUGACAAGCAACAAUGCCAGCGAAGUUUCGGCGACUGGCUGCAUGCAAUUAUGGAGUUCUGUCAGUCCUUACAUGCUAUGGAUAUUGACAUCUCUGCUUUUGCUUGCCUUUGUGCACUCACUUUGGUCACAGAACGGCAUGGUCUGAAAGAACCACAUAAAGUAGAGCAACUGCAAAUGAAGAUUAUAAGCUCACUCAGGGACCAUGUCACAUACAAUGCUGAAGCUCAACGCAAGCCACAUUACUUCUCCCGCUUGCUUGGGAAACUUCCUGAGCUUCGAUCACUGAGUGUACAGGGGCUCCAGAGGAUUUUCUAUCUGAAGCUGGAAGAUCUUGUUCCUGCUCCACCACUGAUUGAAAAUAUGUUUGUGGCAAGCCUGCCAUUUUGAACUGAAUAGUGACAUUUUAUUGCAUCUCAAAUGUUGUCAGAACUCAGCACUGCUUCUAGCAACAAACCUAUUGUGUUGUCUAAAGCAAGUGUAUUAUGUGAAAGAAUUUGCUUGGAGAUUCCAUGCAAGAGAAAUGCUGUACAAUUUGAGCACCUGCCUUCAUGUUGCUCAUGAGUUCAGAGUGGCACAUUCAUGUUCUUUUCUUGUUCUGGAUGUGAAUAUUUUGUGUGAUACAUAGAUAACAAAGGAAUCUCCAGUUACAUUAUAGAUUCUGUGGCAAUCCAGCUGGUCUGGUGCAUAUGGAUUUCAUUUUUGCCUCCAGCUAAGAUUCUUACAAAGUGAAACAAUCUGCAGCAACAAUUAUCUGUACAUACACACAUACAAACACACACGUGUGUGUGUGUGUGUGUGUCUUAUUGCAUUCACAUGUACAUGUGUUUGCACUCACGCAUAAAAGGAUAUAAUCAUGUAUGCAUAGGUCAUGUGUUAAUACAAGAACAUGUUUGCCAAUUUGUGUUGACUGUGUGCGAGUGCACAUGUAUGAGCAACCUGUGUGUGUGUGUGUGUGUGUGUGUGUGUGUGUGUGUGUGUGUGUGUGUGUGUGUGUGUGUGCGUGCGUGCGUGCAUACAUGAUCAGUGUACAGGAAAUUAUGAAUAGAUGCUGCUGAUGAGACUGAAAGAAGAGUAGAUUAGCAUGAACAGGAGCUGAUAUAUGAUAUGAGAGGGAAAGAAAUGACGGUUUUGGUUCUGUCAGAAGAAUCAAAGUAUCUGUGUUUGUAAAUAUAUGUGUGCAGAUUUUUAGCAUUUUGUGUAAUGGAAGAUGUUUAUGCCUUCUGCCACACAUCAUAAGAUAUGUGUGCAUCUUUCUUACAGUGUUUGAAGAAUUGUGAUUAAGAGAACAUUGUUCUGCCUCAUAUACAUGAUGCCAUGUGCAGCUACUGCGCUAACUUUGUGGACAGUAAAAAACUCUUUUGUUAGUGGACUGUGAUGAAAACUGUUUCAUUCAUCUUGUGAAUGUGACGUCCUGAGUACCUUUGAUGAGACAGUACUGCAUUGUGAUAUGAUCUGAAAUGAUAUGAUGUUAAACCUUUUAGUAUGUCAACAACACAAAUUUUAACAUUCUAAAUAUAUUUAAACGAGUAAGAGUAUAAUAUUUGUGCACAUACUAUCGACGAGUUGGACUUCACGCACAAUGUAAAUGUUUUGUGAAAAUGCAAUAUUUUUGUUUGUGAUUGAAUUUACAUUUAUUGAAAAUGGAAGUUACCUAGUUAUGCCAGAAAUUACUAUUACUACCACUACCACCAUUAUUAUUAUUACCAUUAUUAUUAUUACUGUUAUUAUUAGUAUCACCAUUAUUUUUGUAUUAAUGUUAUUAUCAUUAUUAUUAUUGUCAUCAUCAUCCUCAUCUCAGACUGAAGUCACAUGACGAGUUGUUUCCCGUUGACUAUUACAUUUCAGAAAUGCUCGAAAGGGACAGAAAAUAAUAUCAUUUUCAACAUAAUGUUUUCUUUCAAAGUUUAAUGAACUGCCCAGUGAGUGUGGAAUAGACAAUAUCUUCAACCAUACCCUAAGAUUAAUAGUGCAUUUCAUUUUCACGUUUUUUCAUCAAACAGCCCAUGAAAGAGGGGCAUAAAAUAACAUUCAUGGCAUUGCAUUACUGAAUAUGAAUGUUAAUGUCUUACUUUCAUAUUUUUGUGUACAAUACUGAUCCCAGAUGAUCCAUAUUACCUUCAAUUAUAAAGUUUAAUCUCUUUCAAACACUUUUUUAUGAUGUUUCUUGAAUGUUACAUAUCAUUAAUAUUACUUCACAUUAUCAUAAAUUCACUGGAUGCUAUAAGUGUAUUUAAGACAUAUUACUGUAAUUGUUAUCUGUCAUUCAUAACAAGAUGUUUAAUAACAUGUAUAUUCUGUGGACUUACUAAUAGAUGUCUUAAAUUAUUUUACAUGGCCAUAUAGGAUAAAUACACACUCUAUUCUCAUAUAUGAUAUAUUUUGAGGUACAAAGCAUUAAAUGAAUGUAUUUUCAGAAACAAAUCACGGUAUCAGAGCAGACAGUCUGUUAUUUCAUGACAGCACCACUAUGUAAUCAGAAUUGCCCGUUGCAAUCCUAGUGCAUUUAUAUCAGAAUUAUUGUUUACAUGUUGGAUUCAUAAGAAAGGAAGUUUCAGUAAGUCCAUUGUUUUUUCGUUGGCUGAAACAAUUAUAUGGCACUUGACUGAUAUCAUUUAGUUCAAGAAAUGCACUUUUUUCAAAAUUUAAAUUUUUUCUUUGGAAUUUCAGUUUGUCAUGAAACUGCAGACUAGUUGAGGUGGAACUAUAACAAGUGUGAUUAUGCUGUGCCGUAGUGUUGUUGAGUGCUACGCUCGUGAGAGUGAGAGUUUCAAAGUAUUAACAGAUUUUCCAUAUUUUCAUCACACAAUAUAUACCGAAAACUGUUAAAAUGAAAGUGAAGCUUCAGAGGUUAUUGGAUCUUUUGUACUGCCUUGGAGAAAUACUGCCUUUCAAGAGUUCACUGUUAUAUCUAGACGUAGUGUAUGGUACAGUAACUAUAUGCUUCUGCAGAAGAUUUGAUGUCUUUUGAAGCUGUUUUCUUUUUAUCACUUUUGUAGAGGAUCCUUUCUUCUGUUAUAGUUCUUGCCAAAACAAUGAAGUACUUGGUUUUAAAGUAGGCAUUUUCCCAGACCUGUAAUAUUUAAAUCACAUUGCAUUUCUGUAUGAUCUAACCUUAAUUAUAAGGGCUGAUACAAUUAUUUAUAGUAGCUGUAAUAAAUGUAUAUGUGAAUGUGCUGUUAGUCAAAGAAUAUGAUCCAUAAAAGCAGAGAAACGUUUUGAUAAGAUGUCUUUCUCCAUAGUGCUGCAUCGAAUGAGAUAGUCAGUAAAACAAGUUACCAUAAUUUAAAUUAACAGCAAUACAUUGUAAUUAUUAUUAUCAUUAUUAUUAUUUGCAGUGUUUAUGUUAUAAAUAUAUCUCUGAAUGAAAUGGAUGUUUUCUUUCCAAGUGCACUUUAUUAUACAAACUUCAAUUACAUUUUUGCUGUUAUUUGAUUGUAUACAAAGCUUCCGUAAAGCAAUACAUUUCAGAUGUGUAAUGAGUGUUACUGAUCUAAAUAUGACACAUAUCAUUCACUUUAAGCAUGUGUAAAUAUUAUAUUUUUGUGACUUCUUGAACCUUAUAUAUAAAUCUUGAUGAGACAGAAACAUUGUCAUAAUGUUUGUUUACAGAAAUUUCAUACUGCAUUAAACAAAUUGUUUUAUAUCUUGCAUUUUCUACACAUCUGGAGAGAAGCCCAAGCUUUAUCAGCAGCAGUAAGGAACUACACACUACUCUUAGUCCCUGUUGCAUAGUUAAAUGGUAGCUGUGUGCUUUUGUGAUAUCUCUACACAGUGCAUUGUGUGUCUGAUGCAAGUGAAUAUGAUACCAAAGAUAUAUACAUAUGAAUAUGUAACAGAUUAUUUUUAUUGAUUCAAUGUAACAGCGAUUAUCGCUGUUUAUUUUUAGUUAAACAUUGAAGCAAAAGUAUUUUUAGUUAAAAUAUGUCUUAUUUGUGGGUGCUGUGAUGCCAUUUGCUCCAAAGGAAUCCACCAACAUCCACUUGCCAUAACAAUGUGUUAAUGACGUGAUUUGAAAAUCUCUUUUAUCAAACAAUUUUAAUUCUAAUACUUAAUGUUAAAAUAUAUGAUAUUACAUGUGAGAGCCAACACUUUAAUUAAUGGAAAGUGUUCUUCCAGACACAGAUUAC